GCCGCAGCCCCGCCCCUGCCGGAAGAGCGCGCGCCGAAUCCCGCCGCGCAUGGAGGCCUGGCUGCUGCCGGUGGGCGCCCUGCCGAGGAGGUCCCGGGGCGGCGAUGCUGGCGCUGGCGCUGCUGUGGCGGGCGCUCGGUAGCGCGGGCUAUGCGGACGCGGCGCCGAGGCGCGCGGGCGAGAGCGGGCGGGCCGCCGCCAUGGCGCAGGCGCAGGAGCGGGCGCUGGAGGUCUACGAUCUCAUCCGCACCAUCCGCGACCCCGAGAAGCCGAACACGCUGGAGGAGCUGGAGGUGGUGAGCGAGAGCUGCGUGGAGGUGGUCGAGAUCGGGCCGGGCGAGAGCCUGAUCACCAUCCGCUUCACGCCCACCGUGCCCCACUGCUCGCUGGCCACGCUCAUCGGACUCUGUUUGAGGAUCAAACUUCAGCGAUGUUUACCUUUCAAGCACAAGCUGGAAAUCUACAUAUCAGAGGGGGCUCAUUCUAUUGAGGAAGACAUCAACAAACAAAUCAAUGAUAAAGAGAGAGUCGCAGCAGCAAUGGAGAAUCCCAGUUUGCGGGAGAUUGUGGACCAGUGCGUGCUGGACCCCGACUGACUUGGAAUAUCUGCCUCCUUUGUAUCAACUUCUUUAUAACAUUACCUUGAAUUUAAUACUGAAAAUUAUUUUUAAAGAAUCAUUUUGAAAGCAUCCAAUUAAUUGCAAACAAGAGGAAUGAGCAGACCAGAUCAAUCUCAGAUGAACUGUAUAGAAUAAAAAGUUAAUAUUCUCUUAAAAUUGGUAUUUUUAAAUAUGAACAAUUUUUAUUGCCAGGUUAUAAAAAAGAGAUUGGACAACCAGUCUGGAAUGGUAGGUCUUCUGCUCAAAGGGGUUUAGACUAGAGGAUCUCCAAGGUCCCUUCCAAUCCUUGUAUGUUCUAUGAAUGUGUGUUGUAAUUUUUGAAAUCCAAUUUCAGUUGAUUUUUCCACUAAUGGGGUAUAUAUGAAUAGCUAUUCUGUUAAAGGUGAAUAAAAUAGAGAAUUGUUGAAAAAA